GUGUGGCCCACAGAACAGUCGUGAGAGCUGAGAGGUCAGGCGAGCUCUCACCACUCACUUCCGUCUCCGGCCAUGGCGACCAUCUCCGCAGCUCUCUCCAUCUCCCUCCUCCCGCCCGCGGCCCGCCGCGCCGUCUCCACCGCCACCUCCUCCCCGCCGCGCGUCAAGAGAGCCGCGCGGUUCAGGUGCUGCGCAGAACCUCCUUCCCCGGAACAGCAGGAGACCUCCGCGCCUUCGCCCCCUCCUCCGGCGCCGCCUUCGUCCCUGUGGGGCGUCUCCACAAGCGCCUGGACGGCGGGCGUCGCGGGGCUGGGGCUCCUGGAGACCGGCUACCUCAGCUACCUCAAGCUCACGGGCUCCGAGGCCUUCUGCCCCGUCGCCGGGGGAGGCUGCGGCGACGUGCUCGACAGCGACUACUCCGUCGUCUUCGGGAUCCCUCUUCCAUUAGUUGGUAUGGUGACAUAUGGUGUGGUGACUGCACUUUCUCUACAAGAAAACGGAGAGGAGUUACUCCCUGGACUCGAUGACUUGGAUAUCCGCCUAACCUUGCUUCUGCUUGCUACUUCACUGGCGACUGCGAGUGCUUAUUUUCUCUUCAUCCUGAAUACCAAAUUUGUCGGGACUUCUUGCUUAUACUGCCUGUCGUCAGCAUUUAUCUCCUUCACAUUAUUUUUCAUCAGACUGAAGGACAUUGGCUUGGCACGUAUCCAGAAGUUUGUUGGUCUUCAGUUAGCUGUAGCUGUCAUUGUUGCUCUUGCUUUAACAAACUCAUAUAGUUCGGCUACUACUCAGUUAAAGGGUACAGGUGAUUUCGUAUUAGAACCAUACAAAACAGAGGUAACAUCAGAAUCAACCCCUUUUGCUAUUUCACUGGCAAGACAUCUACAUUCUAUAGGUGCUAAGAUGUAUGGAGCAUUCUGGUGUACUCACUGCAAUGACCAAAAACAAUUGUUUGGUCGUGAAGCUAUGGAAAUUCUGGAUUAUGUGGAAUGCUUCCCUAAUGGAGCCGGUAAGGGGAAGAAAAUGGCCAACGAAUGUGUGGCCACUGGUCUGGAAGGUUUUCCAACAUGGGUCAUCAACGGGAAGCUCCUGAGCGGCGACCAGGAACUCUCAGUCCUCGCAGAAGAAUCCGGUUUUGUCUCCGAGAGCCCCGAGCAAUCCUGAGGCAUGGAGCUCGAUGAGCAGAAGCACCCCGCCGAAUCGAAGAGCAGAAAAGAGCUCUCUAGAGGCAAGAACCUGAAGCUUGUGUCAGUUAACAGCAACACCACAAAAAUUUCAUCCCAGAUGAGGUGCAUUCCAAUGGUGCAUAUGUAGAUUAUACUACUAAAUACAACCACUAACCACUGUAAUACUAUGUAAAAAACAAGACCUAUUUGUCCUCUCAUCGAAUGGCGCGGAAGGAGAGCAUCGAACCCCGGGGGCGAAUGUACUAGGACCUUUUUGUAGAGCCUGUAGUUUGUGCUGUAAAACCUGUAGUCCUGGAAAACCAUUGUUUUCGUAGUACGUAAUACUUUGCACUUGGACAUUUGCAGUCCUGGGGAAGUACACUGUCUGUGCCCUCCGCCCUUUGAAACGAAGGGUUUCUGCUCUCUGGGAGCAUAUGUGAA